AUGGGUCGUCAAAUUGUGUCAAGUGGUUGUCACCCUACGGAGCAGGAAAAUGAUGACUUUGCAGCUCUUUGACGUCUAUGACCCGAUGAAGAAGAGUUGGAUAGAGGUGUGGCACGUGUUAAGGAGCUUCAUCCUUAGGUCCGCGCAUAGAAUCACAUUAUUGUAAUAAAUGCAAAGGUUGGGUUGUCGAGUGAUAGAGGUGAUGAAUGGAGCUCCCAAAUAGCAAGCAAGAAGAGGCUUUUCAUCACAUCUAGUACACUCUCAAGAGGUGGUGACUUGUCACUUGAUAGACGUCCUCUUCCUGACGAUAGCUUAUCUAAGAUGAUUUACUCGAUAGAUUCACGAUCUUUUUAUCACAAAUCGUUCAGUAAUUUUAGCAAUAAUGCUUUGUGAUUCAUGUUGAUGAGAUUUUCACUAAUGAUCGAGUGAUUCUCGUGACUUAAUUUUUCACCGGUUUUAGUAAGAUUCGAACUCGCAUUGAUUGCCUACCUACAUGAGAGAGAGUGAAAUAAGGACACAAAUAUCCUUAUAAAGUGACAUCAUUAAGUUACUUCCUUUUAAUAAAUGAGGGGUAUUUGAGGUAUAGAAAUCAUUAAAACAUUUCAGGAAGGUGUGACCUGGGUUUAGUCCCACAUCGGUUAUUCGCCAAAUUUUGAGACGAAUAUAUAAUAACACAAGAUUUGAAAAUCAAUGAAUCCCUUUCUCGCAUAUGUACAAUCACUCUUUGCCCCACACUCAGCUGGCCACCAAUGAAGUGGAAGAGUGAUGCAUACAUGCCCCCAUCGGUUCAUAGCUGCUCAAGCCCUUACUUGCGGCUUUACCAUGAUUGCACUUCCAACCCGCUUGGGCCUAGUUGGCCGAAGGGUCCCCCCAUUUUCCUAUCUUUUUAUUUUAAUUUCUUUUUCUUUAUUUAUCUCAAAAAUAUAAUUAUAAAAAUUAUAUAGAUUCACAUAAAAUUACAUAAGUAACAAAAAAAUCACAUUAAUUAAUUAAAAAUUACUUUUCAUAAUUUAACAUAAAUAUAAGUCUAUUUAUCAUAAGUUAAGGCUAAAACUAUAUUCUUUACUAAUUAUUAACUCAUGAUAUUGAAAACUUAUCAACAUGCACCUAUUCUUCAAGUUCUAGAAUAGAGUUUACCUUUUGAGAUAAUGUGUGAUGCUUUAGAUUUUGUAGUGGGAGCAGUUUUGGGGCAAAAGAAUGAUUAGAAACCCGUAGCCAUUUACUAUGCUAGUAAAACCUUGAUUGGUGUUCAACUUAAUUAUUCUACUAUUGAAAAGGAGUUACUAGUUAUUGUCUUUACUUUAAAUAAAUGUAGGUCUUAUUUGCUUGGAAGUAAAGUAGUGAUUUGUUCUAAUCAUGUUGCUUUGAAGUAUUUACUUAAUAAGAAAGAAGCUAAACCGAGGCUAAUUAGAUGCAUUUUACUUUUACAGUAGUUUGAUAUAGAGAUCAAAGACAAGAAGGGCUAUGAGAAUGUAGUUGGUGGUCAACUUUCUAGGAUUAAUGUAGCAGAUUCUUCACCUAUUUAUGAUUCAUUUCCUCAUGAAGAUUUAUUGAAUAUUCAAGAGAAGAAAUUACCUUAGUUCGCACAUUCUGUUAACUAUCUUGUGGCGGGAAUAAUUCCAAAGGAGUGGGGCUACAAUAAGGGAAAGAAAUUACUCAAGGAUGUUCGAUUUUAUUUUUGGGAUGAACCUACUUUAUUUUACCAAGGUGCUGAUGAUCUUAUUCUCAUGAGGUGUGCUAGAAGAAGAAUAGAAAGAAGUGUUAGAAUACUGCCAUUCAAAACAAAGUGGAGGACAUUUUUCUUCAAAGAUCACAGCUCACAAGGAAUUAGAAAGUGGAUUUUAUUGGCCUACAUUAUUUAGAGAUGCUCAUGACUUUUAUCUUAAAUGUUUACCUUGUCAAGCAGCUUUCAAUAUUGAUAACAAAGAUCAGAUGCCUCUUAAACCCAUUAUUGAAGUUGAAAUUUUUGACUUAUUAGGAUUUUAUUUUAUGGGUCCAUUUCCUAAUUCAGAUGGAAAUGAAUAUAUUCUUAUAAGAAUGGACUAUGUUUCUAGAUGGGUAUAGUCUAUAGCUACUAGUACAUGUGAUAGUAAAGUAGCUGUGAAAUUUAUUAAAAAAUUUAUUUUUACUAGAUAUGGAUGUCCUAGAGCUAUUAUUAGUAAUGGAGGCUAAUAAGUCUUCAUUAUCAUGAGUUAAUAAUUAGUAAAUAAUAUAGUUUUAGCCUUUACUCAUGAUAAAUAGACUUAUAUUUGUGUUAAAUUAUGAAAAGUGAUUUUGAAUUGAUUAACGUGAUUUUUUUGGCUAAUUAUAUGAUUUUCUAUGAAUUUAUAUGAUUUUUCUAGUCUUUUUUUUGAGAUAAAUGAAGAAAAAGAAAUUAGAAUAAAAAUAUAGCAAAAGGAGGAGACCUGCCAGUCAGCCGGGCCUACAAGCAGGUCGAAAGCACAGUCAAGGGGAGCCGUGAAUAAGGGCUCGAGUGGCUAGAACCGAUGGGGGCAUGCAUGCACCACUCUACUUUCACGUCAUCGGUGGCUAGCUAGUUGUGAGGCAAAGAGUGGUCAUACAAAGGAGAGAAAGGGACUCAUUACUUGCAAAUGUGAUAUUAUUAUAUAUUUGCUCAAAACUUUGGCGCACAAGUGAUAAGUUUUCAUUAUCAUGAGUUAAUAAUUAGUAAAUAAUAUAAUUUUAGCCUUAACUCAUAAUAAAUAGAGUUAUAUUUGUGUUAAAGUGUGAAAAGUGGUUUUCAAUUGAUUAACGUGAAUUUUUAGGUAAUUAUGUGAUUUUCUACGAAUUUAUAUGAUUUUUACAAUCUUACUUUUGAGAUAAAUGAAGAAAAAGAAAUAAAAAUAAAAAUAUAGCAAAAUGAGGGGGACCUGCUAACCAGUUGAGCCUGCAAGUGGGUCGGAAGCGCAGUUAGAGAGGAGCCGCGAGUAGAGGCUUGAGCGGCUAAGAUUGAUGGGGGCACGUGUACGCCACUCCCCUUCCACGUCACUAGUGGCUAGCCGGUUGUGAGGCAAGGAAUGGUUGUACACGCAAGAGAAAGUAACUUGCUUGCAAAUAUAAUAUUACUAUAUAUUCCCCCGAAACUUUGGCGCACAAGUAAUGUGGGACUAAACCCGCGUCACACCUUCCCCUAGAAAGGCUUCGAUGAUUUUAAUAUCUGCAAUACCCCUUAUUUAUAAUAGCAAUAUACCAUGAUGAUGUCAUUUGAUAAAGGCAUUAGAGUACUUAUGUCAAUCUCUCUCAUGUACGUGGGCAACUAGCGCGAGUUCGAAUCCUCCGAGAGCCAAAACUCAUAUUUUUUAUCUGAUUAUCAUGACAUUUCUACAGAUUGCUGGUGAAGGAUUAAGCCGCUAGAAUCGAUGGAUCAUCGAUGAAAAUCUCGUCAACGCAAUUCGCAGAGCAUUAUUACUAAAGUUGCUGAACGAUUCGUGAUAAAAGGAUCGCGAAUCCAUCGAGUAAAACAUCUCCAAUUGAUCGAUGAACAAGCCAUUGUCAAGAAGAGGACGAUCCGCCAGGAGAUGAGUCGCCACCUCCUGAGAGUGUACCAGAUGCAAUGAAGAGCUUCCUCUUGCUGUGCGGACCUGAGGAUGAAGCUCCCUAACAUGUGUCCCACCUCCAUCUAGCUCCUCUCCAUCGAGUGACAGCUGCUAGAGAGCCGUAAAGUUGCCAUUUUUCUACUCCGUCGGGUGAUAGCCACUAGAGAUGAUUUGACGACCCAUUUCAUUGAUCUCUAGACUUCGCAAGGAGAUCUAGAGAUUGCCCACAUCGUCCUUGUCCAAGGAGAGCUUUUGAGGCCAUGGACACUACACGAUGAUCCUCCCGAACGCUCAAGAUUUUGGUGCAUCACCGACGCAUUGCCGCCACGAUGCUGGAACUUUGUAUUCUUGCUUUCAACUUAAUUUCUACUUCAUUUAAUAAUAAUUUGUGUGAUUUAAAUUUACCAAGAUAUACUUCAUUCAAUUAUGAUUCUUUUGGCUUUUAUAGAUCUUAAUUUGAUCAAUUAAACUAUUUGUAAUCACUUAAGUAAGAAUUGCCAGGUGAAACUCUAUUUCCGCCUGAUUCGCAUUCGUCGAGCGCUAACGUCAUCCUAACGUCUCCUUAUUUUCCUUUUUUGUGAAUUUUAAAUAUAUUUCAUUUUCAUUUCCUAAUGUAAAAUUUAUAGAAAAUAGUAUUCUUUAAGGAAAAUUCUGAAUAAUUACCACUAUUUUUGGAAGUUGUAUUGAAUUGUAAUUAAUAUAUUUGUUUAGAAAUACUUCUAAAUAUCUAAAAAUUUGUAUUUUCUAGUUUUAGAAAUUUUAAAUUUGCAUGAUUUACUAUACAACGACUAAGUCACGUCAAGCUAGAAAUUGUGUGACACCAUAGGAACGAGCAAUCCCUUGAAGAUUCACCUUCUUCAUUUGAUUUCACUAACUUCGUUAUUGAUAAGUCUUUAUUAUCAUGAGUUAAUAAUUAGUAAAUAAUAUAGUUUUAGCUUUAACUCAUGAUAAAUAGACUUAUAUUUGUGUUAAAGUGUGAAAAGUGGUUUUCAGUUGAUUAACGUGAAGUUUUGGGUAAUUAUGUGAUUUUAUACAAUUUUUACAGUCUUCCUUUUAAGAUAAAUGAAGGAAAAGAAAUUAAAAUAAAAAUGUAGUAAAAUCGGGGGGACCCGCCAGCCAAUCGGGCAUGAGCCGCGAGUAAGGGCUCAAGUGGCUUGAACCGAUGGUGGCAUGUAUAUGCCACUCUCCUUCCACGUCACCAGUGGCCAGCCGGCUGUGGGCCAAGGAGUAGUCGUACAUGCGCAAGAAAGAGACUUUGCUUAGAAAUGUAAUGACGUGACUCAGUCGUUGUAUAUUAAAUCACGUAAAUAUAAAAUUUAUAAAACUAGAAAAUAUGAAUUUUCAGAUAUUUAGAAGUAUUUCUGAACAAAUAUAUCAAUUAUAAUUCAAUAAAACUUCCAAAAAUAGCAAUAAUUUUCCAAGUCAAUCACAGGGAUGUAAUAUAAUAUCUGGUAAUUAUUCAGAAUUUUCCUCAAAGAAUACUAUUUUCUAUGAAUUUUAUAUUAAGAAAUGAAAAGAAAAUAUAUUUUAAAUUCACAAAAAAAAGAAAAUAAGGGUGCGGAUGUCAGGAUGAUGUCAGCGCCUGGCGAACGCAAAUUGGGCGGAAACAGAGUUCUACCCGGUGAUUCUUACGUAAGCGAUUAUAGACGAUUUAAUUAAUCAAAUUAAGAUCUGUAAAAGCCGGAAGAAUCGUAAUAGAACAAAGUAUAUUUUGGUAAAUUAAAAUCACAAAAACUAUCACUAAAUGAAGCGUAAAGUAAGUUUGAAAGCAGGAAAAUAGAGUUCUAGUGUCACGACGGCGAUGCGUCGGCGAUGCACUGGAAUCCUGAGCGUUCAGGAGGAUUGUCGUGCAGUGUCCACGGCCUCGAAGGCUCUCCUUGGACAAAGACAACGUGGGCGAUCUCUAGAUCUUCUCGCGAAGUCUAGAAAUUAAUGAAAUGGGUCACCGAGUCGUCUCUGGCGGCUGUCACCCGGCGGAGCGGAAAAACGGUGACUUUGCAGCUCUCCGGCGGUUGUCACCCGACGGAGAGGAGCUGGAUGGAGGUGGGGCGCGUGUCAGGGAGCUUCAUCCUCAGGUCCGCGCAACAAGAGGAGGCUCUUCAUCGCAUCUGGUACACUCUCAGGAGGUGGCGACUUGUCUCCCGGCGGAUCGUCCUCUUCCCAAUGACGGCUUGUUCAUCGAUCAAUCGGAGAUCAUUUACUCGAUGGAUUCGCGAUCCUUUUAUUGCGAAUCAUUCAACAAUUUUAGUAGUAAUGCUCUGCGAAUCGCGUUGACGAAAUUUUUGCCGAUGAUCCAGCGAUUCUCAUUGCUUAAUCCUUCACCGGCGAUCUGUAGGAAAGUCGCGAUAAUCAGAUAAAAAUAUAUGAAUUUUGACUCUGGGAGGAUUCGAACCUGCGCCGGUUGUCCGCCCCUUCUCUCAUGUUUAGUCCCACAUCGGUUGUGCGCCAAUUUUUCGGGCGAAUAUAUAGUAAUGUUAGCUUUUUAAGCAAAGUUCCUUCUCUCGCGUGUACGACCACUCCUUGCCCCACAGCCGGCUGGCCACCAGUGACGUGGAAGGGGAGUGGUGCACAUGUGUCCCUAUCGGUCCAAGCCACUCGAGCCCCUGCUCGCGGCUACUCCCCGACUGA